AACAGGCCUUUCAGUCCAACAAUGCUUGCUAUUUUCCUGACUAAAUUAAAUAUCUGUGAAAUUAUGCAUUAAUAAUUAAGUGAAAAUAUUGAUAUUGUAGCCAAGUGAAACAGUUGCAUGCUUUUACUUUACUAGCCUUUCGAUGGCUAACUAGCUCCGCUAGCCACCUUUACAAUAUGAACCACUGGAUAAUGUUCCAGUUAAUGUCAUUGCUCUCAGUUUCAGUCAAAAUAUUCAAAUUUUGAUCAUUACUGUCUUCAUUUAUAUAUUUUUAUUAAUGUACCAAAAGGGUUUCACAAGCAAACUCCCACAUACCCAUUCUUUUGGGCUGCCACAUUGGUGUGAUUUGUAUAUUCAUGUAUUGAUUUGACAAGUGUUGGUGUAUAUACAUGACACCAUAGGCGUAUGCGAGGGCUUGGAAGUAUCAUCAGUAAAGUGUUAAAAGCAGUCAUGCGUAUGUCUCAUUUGUGAGUAGUGAUCAAAUUAUGACCCUGACUAAUUAAGUAUUAAGACGAGCACACAACUGGCGUAGUUUGACUUUUUGGUUUGUGAGUGCAAGAGUAGCCAAAGGCAGAGGGAAAAUGUGAUUUACCAUAGCGUCAACAAUGAACUUCAGGAUUUCUGAAAUUCAGGACUACCAGCAGACUUUCUGGGGUUCAGCUGAUAGGGAACUCCAAUUGCAUGCUGCGAUAAAAAUCCUAUGUUAGCAUGGUACUUUGGAAACCCAUGUAAACAUGCAACUGCGUAAUAAAAACAGAAGGCACGCUGCAAUCGACCCAUUAUGCCCAAUCAGAAAUUAGCAUAAAAUUAAAAACUUGUGCUUCAGUGAAACGCUAAUAAUACACUCUUAAUGUGGUCAGAGAUUACAUGCAUUGCUUAUUUUUCAUUGUAGCUCUGGGUGUGAGUGCGGUGACGUCAACCACUUCAUCGACAACUCCUUUCUCAUCAAUGUCUCCAUCAACCACAGAUUCCACAAGUUCUACUCAAAUUCCUACAUCACCCACGAGUGUGUUCUCAACACCUGCAAGCUCUACUGAAAUGUCAACAUCAGCUACAAGUACGUCCUCGCUACCUACAAGCUCUAGUUCAAUUUCUACAUCCGCCACAAGUAUGUCAUUACUACCUACAAACUCUACUGAAAUGUCCACAUCAACCACAAGUAUGUCCUCACUGCUGACAAGAUCUAGUGCAAUGUCGACACCCAUCACAAGUUUGUCCUCACUACCUAUGAGCUCUACUGACAUGUCUUCAUCAGGCACAAGUAUAUCUCCAGUACCUAUAAGCUCUGCUGAAAUGUCAAUGUCAACCUCCAUUAACCCCUCAAGUUCCACAAGGUCAACUGAAAUGUAUACUUCAGCUAUAAGUAUGUCCUCGCAACCUACAAGGUCUACUGACAUGUCUACAUCAGGCACAAGUAUGGCUUCAGUACUAACUAGCUCAAAUGCAAUGUCCACAUCGACGACAAGUAUGUUUUCACUGCCUACAAGUUCUACUGAAAUGACUUCAUCAGGCACAAGUAUAUCUCCACUACCUCUAAGCUCUACUGAAAUGUCAACGCCAACCACCAAUGACCCCUCUAGUUCCAAAAGUUCCACUGAAAUGUCUACAUCAGGUACAAGUAUGUCCUCACUACCUACAAGCUCUACAGAAAUGUCAAUGUCAACCACAGUUAUGCCUUUAAGUUCCACAAGAUCAACUGGGAUGUCUACUUCGGGCAUAAGCACAUCCUCACUACCUACAAGCAAUAUUGGAAUAUCGACAUCAGCCACAAUGAUCCCCUCAAGUUCUACACGUUCAACUGAAAUGUCUACAUCAGCCACAAGUAUGUUCUCACUACCUAUGAGCUCUACUGAAAUGUCUACAUCAGCCACAAAUAUCCCCUCAAGUUCCACAAGUUCAACCGAAAUGUCUACAUCAGCCACAAGUAUGUCGUCACUACCCACAAGUUCUACUGAAAUGUCCACAUCAGGCACAAGUAUGUCCUCACUACCUAUGAGCUCUACUGAAAUGUCCACAAGAGGAACAAGUAUGUCCUCACUACCUACAAGCGCUACUGAAAUGUCUACAUCAGCCACAAUUAUCCCCUCAAGUUCCACAAGUUCAACUGAAAUGUCUACAUCAGCCACAAGUAUGUCCUCAGUACCCAAAAGCUCUACUGAAAUGUCUACAUCAGCCACAAUGAUCCCCUCAAGUUCCAUAAGUUCAACUGAAAUGUCUACAUCAGCCAGAAGUAUGUCCUCACUACCUAUGAGCUCUACUGAAAUGUCCACAUCAGGCACAAGUAUGUCCUCACUACCUAUAAGCUCUACUGAAAUGUCUACAUUAGCCACAAUUAUCCCAUCAAGUUCCACAAGUUCAACUGAAAUGUCUACAUCAGCUACAAGUAUGUCCUCAAUACCUAUGAGCUCUACUGAAAUGUCUACAUCAGCCACAAUUAUCCCCUCAAGUUCCACAGGUUCAAACGAAAUGUCUACAUCAGCCACAAGUAUGUCCUCACUACCUAUUAGCUCUACUGAAAUGUCCACAUCAGGCACAAGUAUGUCCUCACUACUUACAAGCUCUACAGAAAUGUCUACAUUAGCCACAAUUAUCCCAUCAAGUUCCACAAGUUCAAUCGAAAUGUCUACAUCAGCCACAAGUAUGUCCUCACUACCUAUGAGCUCUACUGAAAUGUCCACAUCAGGCACAAGUAUGUCCUCACUACCUACAAGCUCUACUGAAAUGUCUACAUUAGCCACAAUUAUCCCAUCAAGUUCCACAAGUUCAACUGAAAUGUCUACAUCAGCUACAAGUAUGUUCUCAAUGCCUAUGAGCUCUACUGAAAUGUCUACAUCAGCCACAAUUAUCCCCUCAAGUUCCACAGGUUCAAACGAAAUGUCUACAUCAGCCACAAGUAUGUCCUCAAUACCUAUGAGCUCUACUGAAAUGUCCACAUCAGCCACAAUUAUCCCCUCAAGUUCCACAGGUUCAAACAAAAUGCACAAGUAUGUCCUCACUACUUACAAGCUCUACAGAAAUGUCUACAUUAGCCACAAUUAUCCCGUCAAGUUCCACAAGUUCAAUCGAAAUGUCUACAUCAGCCACAAGUAUGUCCUCAUUACCUAUGAGCUCUACUGA